AUGAAGUUUCUUCUAAAACUCCUUUUUUGCUUAAGCAUUCUAUACAUCAAUACAGCAUCUUCUUCAUCAGAUAGCAAGCAAUUAGAGGAAGGAUUUGUUGGUGGUGUUGAGGAUCAGAAACAGAAUUCAGUUAAUGAAAAUGUUCUUCAGAAACAUGCUGCUUUCUUUGAUGUCAAUAAAGAUGGUCUAAUUUAUCCAUCGGAGACCUACAAAGCAAUGCGUGAAAUUGGUAGUGGGGUGUUGUUAUCAACUACGGCUGCCGUUUUCAUAAAUGCGGCCCUAAGUCAGACUACUCGCCCUGGAAAAUUUCCAUCUCCACUUUUUCCAAUUGAAGUUAAGAAUAUCAAACUAGGCAAACAUGGCAGUGACAGUGGAGUUUAUGAUAGUGAAGGAAGGUUUGUUGAAUCAAAAUUUGAAGAAAUUUUCACCAAACAUGCACACACACAUCCAAAUGCUUUAACAAAAGAUGAGCUCGACGAGUUGAUUAAGGCAAACAGAGAGCCUAAAGAUAUUCAAGGAAGAAUGGGUAGUUUUGUUGAAUGGAAAAUUCUUUACAAACUUGCGAAAGAUAAGAAUGGUUUACUUCAGAAAGAAACAAUUCGUGGUGUUUAUGAUGGAAGAUUGUUUCAAGUGCUCAAAAAGGAACAUACAAAAACAAUUAAUUCAUCCUAA